GCACUGUGAGACCGCGAUGAUUGAGGAACAGAUUCUCGUGCUGGGACCACUUCAAAGUGCUUUUGUUUGCUAGUAGGCGUAGUCCCUAUAUGUGCAGUCAGUGAGCUGACAUUCUGAGGAUAAUGUCAUCGACCGAGGAUAGAAGCGAUCAUUUGAAAGGUCAUGGACGCGUGAAAGUCAACGUGGGUGGAACUAUCUUUGAGACUACGAUCUCCACCCUGACAAGAGUGGAUAACACUGUACUUUCUACUAUGGUUGCGGAUCGUUGGCAGAAUCAAGAGGAAUUGUUUGUGGAUCGAAGUCCAACACACUUUGAAAAAAUACUGAACUACUUGAGAGAUGGAAACAAUUUUAUUCUUCCUGCGGAUCUUGAAGCUAGAGAGAGCCUUCGAAGGGAAGCUGAGUUCUACAAUCUUCCUGGCCUUGCCGAAUUGUGCUCCCCGGGUUUCCAUGUAGGUGAUUGGGUGCAGUGGAAUGAGGCCGCUAUAGAAGCAUAUUGGAAAUUUAUCGCUAGGGCACUGGAUGAAUCUGCUGGAGCGCUUCGUCUCGACAUUAGAGCAAACAGCUACGAAGGGUGGACUCAUGUAAAGCACGAAAUGCAAUUCAUGAAAGGAUUUGUGACGCAGCUCAAUUCAAAGACUUGCUGCACUGUAGAAUGGGACGCUGGAUGGCGCACACAUCUUACACAAUCUGCACUGCGGCUGGCAAAGCGUUGAUCUCUUUGUUCUUGUGUGAACAGCCACAUUAACUAUGAUUUGCUUAAUCGCAUGUGCUGAUGCUGCUUAAGAAGUUCCCCAUUAAGUGCGAGUUUCUCAUAUAAGUGAGAUAUAGAUACAAAAUAUUUUUAUGAAAAGUCCUAAACUUGUCAUGUCCAACACUUGAUGUGUUUGAUGUACUGCCGUUUUAGUAUCUAAUAAAGUUGUAAACCUCA